AUGGCGUCUUCUUCUCCUCGCCGUCACUUCGUCUCCCUCGUCGUAGUCGUCCUUGCCGUCUCGAUCUCCUUCCGGAGCACCGCGGCCAUCACCGUCGACGAGGCGUGCCGCAAGUACACGAAGCACCCGUCCUACUGCACGCACGCGCUGUCGGCAAAGGCGGGGCCACCGGAGACGACCCUGCCGGCGCUGGCGGAGCAGGCGGUGACGCUGGCCGCCGAGAGCGGCGGGUCGGCGGUGUUGUUCGUGAAGAACCUGGAGAAGAUGCCCGGCGGGAUGCCGCUGGGUUGCCUGGAGCGGUGCGUGGGCAAGUUCCAGGCGGCGGUGGCGGAGCUGACGCUGUCGAGGGUGGCGAUCGUGGAGCACAGGGACGUGGCCCGCGUGAAGGCGUGGGUGAAGGCGGCGAGGGCCGACGGCGAGACGUGCAUGGACGGGUGCCACACGGAGGGUGGCGCCGACCCCACCAUCAUCCACAGGAUCGGCGACCUCGGGAAGCUCUGUUCCAUCGCCCUCGCUCUCACCGAUGCGGCCGCUCAUAACAGCUAG